UUUCUCCAACUGCAGUGCCGCCACCCGCCAUCGCAUCUCCAGCUCCAGAUGCUCACUUCGGCUUUGGCGCAAAUAAUUCCGGCACGCGAAAAAAAACGCAAGGAUUUCUCGGUUCCUCCUCUCCUCUCCAGCUCUCCUCGCGCUCUUCCCCUCCACCAAGUCAGCACCAGCAGCUGUUGUGGCGCCAUGGCCACCGCUCCCAACGCCUCCUCCCUGUUCCUGGUUUCCUCCCCCAUCUCCACCGCGCCACGAGCACGCGCCGGGUCCUUCCCUCUCUCCGCCCAGCCGUCGCUGCGCCUCCGGCCGAGGCCGUUCUCGGCCGUCGCGGCCGCCGUCCAGGCGGAGCACCAGCCCGCGGUGGCCGCGACGCCAAAGCCGCCCGCGCUACCGUUCCGCGUGGGCCACGGCUUCGACCUCCACCGCCUGGAGCCCAACCUCCCGCUCAUCAUCGGCGGCAUCAACAUCCCCCACGACCGCGGCUGCGAGGCUCACUCUGACGGCGACGUGCUGCUUCACUGCGUGGUGGACGCGAUUCUCGGCGCGCUGGGGCUGCCAGACAUCGGGCAGAUUUUCCCGGACUCCGACCCCCGUUGGAAGGGCGCCGAUUCUUCGGUGUUCAUGAGGGAAGCUGUGAAAUUGAUGCAUGAAGCAGGCUAUGAGCUGGGCAACCUUGAUGCUACGCUGAUCUUGCAAAAACCAAAAAUUAGCCCAUUCAAGGAGACAAUCCGUUCAAAUUUGUGCGACCUACUUGGGGCAGAUCCAUCUGUGGUCAAUCUCAAGGCUAAGACACACGAGAAAGUUGACAGUCUAGGGGAAAACAGGAGCAUAGCUGCUCAUACUGUAGUUCUCCUGAUGCGGAAGUAGAAAGAACAAAUAGUAGCUAAUUGUAUCGUGCUACAGGAAAACAGUGUUACGUUUUACUUGUCAUUGUUAAGUGAUCUAGCCAAUAUGGAAAUCUUCAUGUGGUAGAAACAAUAAAGCUGAUUGCAAUGAGAAAUAUUCUGUUUUUUUA